CUUUGACAGUACAGUAGGAAGCAAGUAGUUUAAAUAGGGGGCACCACCUCAACGAACAUGUCAGCAGGCAUCGAGGUAUUCAUCAUGAACGGAGUAGCUGUAACUCUAGCCCUUGUGGGGGUAAUCGCUUUUCAGGUGGCCCCGGCAUUGUCAAGCAAUGGCUUUAAAGUUUCUGGCACAACUGUCCUUGAUCGCAAUCAAGAACCCUUCGUCAUGCGGGGCAUCAACUAUGCCCACACCUGGUACAAAGGAGAUGCCGAAACAGCCAUCCCCGCCAUUGCCGCCACCGGUGCAAACGUGAUCCGCAUCGUGCUGUCUGAUGGGGGCCAGUACACGUACGACGACGCAGCGAGUGUGCGCCGAAUUUUGGACAUCUGCAAGCAGAACAAGCUCGUCGCAAUCUUAGAGGUGCAUGACGCUACCGGUUCGGACGAUUUUGCGAAGUUGCGUCGUGCUGCUGACUACUGGAUUAGUUUGGCAUCCACUCUGAAAGGGCUCGAGGACCACGUCAUAAUCAACAUUGCCAACGAGUGGUUCGGUUCAUCUGGACAGGUAAGACUCAACUUAAGGAAAGGUUUAAGAAAUAAUUGUUUGCACGAAUCUGAAUGCUCACAGUUAAAAUCCAACAAGAACAAAGUUGGGUAAAAAUAUAGUUGCCCC